CCUCUCUCCCUGCCUUGUUUUCUUCCCACCCCGCCUAGUUACAGGGUCACAGCAACGGAUGCGACGGUCAGUUUGGCCCGAGAGUGUGUGAAGUGAGACAGGGUUGGUGCUGGGGGACGGGGCUGGCGUUGGGAACACAGCGCCCGGCUCUACAGCAGCCUCCUCCCCAGCGACCAGCUACAUAUUCUCCGGAGCAGCUCCACAGUUCGUCUGGCUCAGCGUGAAACACCCAGUCCCUAAGGAUCAAGGAUGACGCUUCCUCUCCAGCUCUCUGGGUUCUGAGGUGGCGGAUGAGGCCGAUUUAGGAACCACAGACUCUUCCAAAGGUGGGGCAGAACGAGCGUGAUGAGACAGCGAACAGAAAGCUGAUGCCAGCCAGCAUCGUAACGUUUCAGUAGAGGCAAUCGCCAGCGCCCUCACUCCCCAAGUUAUGGACUGAGCCGCUGGCGCAGAGACAGGGCCGAGUUCAAACAUGUACCCAGCUGCGGGACCCUAUGGACAUCCCGCACCUUGGUGGGUCACGGUGCCAACAGAAGCCUUGGUGCUGCCUCCUAUUCAGAUGCACAACUUCUCGAGUCGGCCGCUGACCGUCGUCAUGGUGGACGCAAACUUUGAGCGUGAAGGAGCAGGGAAAUAUACAGAGUACCAUCACUUCUACAGAACUCCCUACAUGUCUCCAUUCUGGUUCCCGUCACCUGCAAGCUCGGCCCCGUACCCGUAUCCACCCUAUUACCCAUACGGCGGCUAUUUCCCCCAGCAGCCCUCCCUCGUCACGGGUGGCUGGCCUGAAGGCUCCACCCUAAGGGGCGACUUGCACUGGGGUAAGAUAGAACAGAUUUACGGCCCCAGGAGGGAGCUGCCCGACUUUCUCCAGGACGAGCUCCGGCGAGUCUACGGCACCUACCCCAAGACGUUUGUCACCAUCACCUACCAGAAUGGGGAGUACCUGGUGAAGGCAGAGCCCAAGGUCGGGGAGCAGAAAUACAAGGUGGAGAAGAAAGUCAUCAGGAGACCGCCCACGCCCAGUGACGACGAGAGUGAGGUGGUGGAGAAGCAGAAACGCAAGUCGAGGCGCUAAAGCUUCUUGCGGAGGAUGAUGCGUCGAACGGCAAAUACUGUUAGGGUGAGAUUUGGUCGUAUUCAAGCUACCAACACAACAUUGCAGUACAGUAACAAUGAGGGCGUGACGUGAGAUCAGGAGAAGAUUGCUCAAAAUUCCAUGGACACCAAGCAUACCCUUCCAUCUGGUCCAAACAAAGCUUGGCUCCUUGCCACCACAAUCUGCAAGCAGGAAGUGAUAUGUUCUCAACACAUGAACACGUCUUGAAACAGUAAGAGACAGGCCACUCUCGGGUAGUGAAUGGGUUCCGUUUUUACCGAUAUCCUUGAGUCAAGUCUGUCUAUGAUGGCACAAUAAUCACUCGGUGUGGUAACCAGACCUCCACAAUAUUGUCAUGAAUGGCAUCAAACGCACAUUAGACUGAUAAGAAAGAAUGAUUACUACAAGUGGAGAAGGAGGAAACUGGUUCUGCAGCUUGUAGGAACGAACGUAUGUAUGUACGUUGGACUUUUGAAUUUAAUAAUAUAACAGGAGCUUGUUCAUAUGUAGGGGUGUCCAUAAGUCAUAAUUUUAAGGUGACUGGAGGAAGGUAUGAGGGGGAUGUCAGGGGUAAGUUUUUUACACAGAGAGUGGUGGAUGCGUGGAACGCACUGCCUGCAGAGAUUGUGGGGGCAGAUACAUCAUGGACAUUUAGGGGGCUCUUAGAUAGACACAUGAAUGAUAGAAAAAUAGGGGGCUAUGUGGAAGGGAAGGGUUAGAUAGAUCUUAGAGCAGGAUAAAAUGUCGGCACAACAUUGUGGGCCGAAGGGCCUAUGCUGUGCUGUAGUGUUCUAUGUUCUAAGUUCUAAGUCUAAGUCAGGCGUUUGUAAACUGGGGACAGCCUGCAGCAAAGAUCAUUUUGGGAAUGUGGAGGAAAAUAAAUGAGGGGUGAAUCACCAGGAGGAAAUAAGAUGCCAGGAAGUCUCUGCGGCAGCACUGGGAUGCCGCUGUGCAUGAGUUCUCUUAAAGGGAGCUGGAUCAAUGGCUCAUCAGGACUGAGAGUCACAGAGUCCUAAAGUCAUACAGCACAGAAACAGGCCCUUCGGCCCAACUGGUCCAUGCUGACUAAGAUUCCCAUCUAAGCUAGUCCCAUUUGCCUGCGUUUGUCCCAUAUCCCUCUAAACCUUUCCUAUCCAUGUACCUGUCCAAGUGUCUUUUCAAUGUUGUUAAUGUACCUGCCUCACCCACUUCCUCUGGCAGCUCGUUCCACAUAAGAUUAAGAUUUCUUUAUUAGUCACAUGUACAUCGAAACACACAGUGAAAUGCAUCUUUUGCGUAGAUUGUUCUGGGGGCAGCCCGCAAGUGUCACCACGCUUCCGGCGCCAAUGUAGCAUGCCCACAACUUCCUAACCCGUACGUCUUUGGAAUGUGGGAGGAAACUGGAGCACCCGGAGGAAACCCACACAGACACAAGGAGAAGGUACAAACUCCUUACAGACAGCAGCAGGAAUUGAACCUGGGUCACUGGCGCUGUAAUAGCGUUACACUAACCGCCACACUACCGUGCACCCUCUGUGUUAAAAAAUUUCCCAUCAUGUCCCUAUUAAAUCUCUCCCCUCUCACCCCAAACUUAUGCCCUCUCGCUCUUGAUUCCCCAAUCCUGUGCGCAUUCACCCUAUCUACGUCCCUUAUGAUUUCAUACAUCCUUAUAACAUCGCCUCUCAUUUUCCUACGCUCCAGUGAAUAAAAUCCCAGCCUGCUCUCUGCAUAACUCAGUCCCUCGAGUCCCAGCAACAUCCUCAUAAAUCUCUCUGCGCUCUUUCCAGCUUAAUGGCUUCUUACCUAAAGCAGGGUGACCAAAACUGAACACAAUAUUCCAAAUACUUCUGUUUGUGCUUGUAAUUCUCCUACCUCCUUACACGGCAUAGACACAUUCAAUACAGAGCCUUUAAUUAUUAGAGUCACAGAGUCAUACAGAAUAGAAACAGACCUUUCAGCUAACUGAGUCCAUGCCAAUCACCAACUACACACUUAAACUAAUCCUAUUUUGUUCUCCCCGCAUUCCCCGAACUUCCACCCACAUCCCACCCUCCCCCCCCCCCCCCCCAAGCUGGUCAUUGACUUCAGGAAAGGGGGCGGUACACAUGCACCUGUUUACAUCAACGGUGCUGAGGUCAAGGUUGAGAGGGUUAAGAGCUUCAAGUUCCUAGGAGUGAACAUCACCAAUAGCCUGUCCUGGUCCAACCACGUAGACUCCACGGCCAAAAAAGCUCACCAGCACCUCUACUUCCUCAGCAGGCUAAAGAAAUUUGGCAUGUCCCUGUUGACACUCACCAACUUUUAUCGAUGCACCAUAGAAAGCAUCCUAUCUGGAUGCAUCACGGCUUGGUAUGGCAACUGCUCUGCCGAAGACCGCAAGAGACUGCAAAGAGUUGUGUACACAGCCCAGCACAUCACGAAAACCAGCCUCCCUUCUAUGGACUCUGUCUAUACCUCUCGCUGCCUUGGUGAAGCAGCCAGCAUAAUCAAAGACCCCACCCACCCGGGUCAUCCUCUCCUCUCUCCUCUCCCAUCAGGCAGAAGAUACAGGAACCUGAGGGCACAUACCACCAAGGCUCAAGGACAGCUUCUAUCCCACGGUGAUAAGACUAUUGAACAGUUCCCUUAUACGAUGAGAUGGACUCGUGACCUCACAAUCUACCUUGUUAUGACCUUGCACCCUAUUGUCUACCUGCAAUGCACUUCCCUGUAGCUGUGACACUUUACUCUGUAUUUUAUUAUUGUUUUUACCCUGUACUACCUCAAUGCACUGUGUAAUGAAUUGACCUGUACGAUUGGUAUGCAAGACAA